CUGAUGAUGAUAGCUGAAACCCUGCACCGCUGACCAGCUCACCACGCGCAAAGGUGAAUGCGAGACACAACCGCCACCAUGGGAGACUCUAUCAAGUACGCGACCUGGGCGACCGACAUCGACAUACAGUUCUACUCCGCUCUGGCUCAUAUCAAGAUCAACCAUGACAAGCUCGACGACUCGGCGCGCAAAGUGCUGGGCCUCUACGAGGUGCGCCCCGGCGACCCACCCUCACGCUCGAACCGCAUGCAGAUUCACGGAACCGCGUUGACGACGGACGAAACACCUGCAAACUACUUUCGGGCCGAGGGUAUAAUCAAGAACUGCAAUACUAUUGAGGACUACAAGAAGCUCGACAGGAGCGCUGUCAUCGAGCGCGCCGGUCGCACUAUCUGGGAAGCUGUACACGAUGGCUCCAUAUACUCCUGUCCCUCCCUACUCGCCUCAUUCACCGCGAUCUCCUUCGCCGACUUGAAGAAGUACAAAUUCACCUUUCACUUCGGAUAUCCGGCUAUCCACUCGGACCCCGUAUGGAAGCCUACCAGAGAACCGACGCGCCUCACAACCAAAGAAACAACCCCGCUGGUGGAGUCGGUAUCAACAUGGCGGUAUAGGGUCGACCCGCGCCAGCGGGGCUUUUUCAUUGCGAAGAAAGUACACGAUUUUCCAAGCCAAGCGGUAAAUACAGAGGACCGACCAACGACACCUCAGACACCUGCUUACGAUAUUGACUAUACCUGGGUAGUGGACUCUCUAGAGAAAUAUGAACAGGGCUUCUUCAGCGAUGUUGCCCCGGAAGACCGCUAUGUUGGAUUCGCAGACCCAUCCACGUUUCCGGAUAACCCAGGGUGGAUGUUGCGGAACCUGUUGAUUCUAAUAAGGCAUCGUUGGCGUCUUGAGGAGGUCCAGAUCCUUUGCUUUAGGGACACGCAUUUGAAGCGCGACCAGGCCAACAGCAUCAUUCUAGAUCUCAAGUCCGGUGAACCCCUCCCACCGCUCGCGCCUGAGGAUCCGAACGCUCGACCUAGUACUCCCAAGUUGCCUAAAGUCACUGGAUGGGAACGCAAUGACGGCGGCAAGAUCGCUAGCCGAGUGGUAGAUCUCUCGGAGUACAUGGACGAGCGCAAACUCGCAGACUCAGCUGUGGAUCUGAAUCUCAAGCUCAUCAAAUGGCGGAUUGCACCCACACUCGAUCUCGAAGUUAUCAAAAAUGCCAAAUGUCUGCUCCUCGGCGCAGGAACUCUAGGUUCAUAUGUCUCCCGAAACCUCAUGGGCUGGGGGGUGCGCAAGAUAACAUUUGUCGACAAUGCGAACGUCAGUUUCUCGAACCCGGUUAGGCAGCCACUAUUCGACUUCAAAGACUGCCUGAAAGGUGGGGCCAAGAAGGCUCAGCGCGCGGCUGAAGCACUUGAGGAGAUCUACCCAGGCGUCGAUUCUGCUGGACAUGUGAUGUCUGUUCCUAUGGCGGGCCAUCCGAUCACAGAUGAGAAGAAAACUAAAGCCGAAUUCGAGCUUCUACAGAAACUCAUUGAUGAGCACGAUGUCAUUUUCCUCCUUAUGGACACGCGCGAGAGCAGGUGGCUUCCCACAGUAAUGGGCAAAGCUGCCGGGAAGAUUGUGCUCAACGCUGCCUUAGGUUUUGACACCUUUGUUGUCAUGCGACACGGGCUGAAGUCUAGCGAUCCCGGCGAAGAGGAGCUUGGAUGCUACUUCUGCAACGAUGUCGUUGCCCCAGCUGAUUCCAUCAAAGACGCGACACUAGACCAACAAUGUACCGUCACACGCCCCGGUAUUGCUCCUCUCGCCUCAUCUCUCCUCGUCGAGCUCCUCGUGAGCAUUCUCCAGCACCCCCUUCGAGCUCGUGCUCCUGCGACCUCAAACAACAACACUCAAAGAGCGCCUUCUGUAGCUCCAACGACAUCCCACCCCUCUCUCCCACCUCAUUUCGUGCACCCUCUUGGCGCACUUCCACACACGAUUCGCGGCUUCUUGUCAUCCUUCAGCAACAUGCUCAUCUCAGGCAAGCCCUACGAUUGUUGUUCAGCGUGCAGCGAUGGCAUCAUCAAUCUGUACAAGGAAAACCCAUGGGGCUUUCUAAAGCGAGCUUUGAAUGAGCGGGGCUGGGUUGAGGAGGUGAGUGGCUUGGCAGAAGUGCAGAGGCGGGCUGAGGAGGCGUCGGCGGGCUUGGAGUGGGACGAGGAAGAGGGCGAAUUCGCGGAGGAAGAG